ACAGCCCCGGCUCUAACAUUACGUUGUGUACCUGUAUACGCUUGUCGCGUGUGAAUAGGUUUGCCUUUGUUUUUCACGGUUUCUAGUGUGCAAGUGACUCGUUUCCCAAGUCCAUACAGCUGCAGGAGGACGUUCGCUGGGAAGCCCAUUAACUGGUGGUGCAGGGGUAACGCGACUCUCGAGGAAGAGUUGGUCAGCUGGUUUUGCUUUUGCUGCGCGACACACGAGGUGAAGAACAAUUGGCCGAUCACUGACGAUGGAGCAGAACAACGGAAUCUCGAUAAUAACGCCACCGAGUCUGGGCGACUCUACCAACGGCAAGAUGAAGAACAACAACGGCACCAACGGCAACGGCUUGUCGUCCGGCACGGCCAAUAGAUUCAUGAGCGCCAGGGAAAAGCUGCGCGUACCAUGGAGCAAAGAAGACGGCUCGGCAUUGGAGUCCAUCAAAAAAGGCGUUGCCGAGAUGAUCGGCACGGCGAUGCUUGUUUUCCUUGGCUGUUUGGGAUGCGUUGGAAGUAUGGGCAAUGUGCCCUCGCACCUUCAGAUUUGCCUCAGCUUUGGAUUCGCCGUCAUCAUUUCAAUUACGGCGGUGGCUCACAUUAGCGGCGCACAUAUAAAUCCCGCGGUCACGGUGGGAGCGGUCGUCUGUGGACACAAAUCUUUGCUAUCUGCCCUAGUUUAUUUCAUCGGCCAGACAGCUGGAGGAAUUGUUGGCUACGGGCUUUUGAAGCUGAUAACACCCCAAGAUCUCCUUUAUGGUGCCAGCCCGGAGUCAUCGGACAGCUUCUGCGUCACUCUCCUUCACUCGCGGGUCUCGGUGCUCCAGGGCUUCCUAGCCGAGGUCCUAGCAACCGGAGUCCUGGUGUUCAUGUCCUGCGCCGUGGCCGACGCUCGCAACUCGCGCAACACUGACUCCACGGCCAUAAAAUUCGGCUUGGCCGUCGCCGUCCUGUGCUUUGGGUUCGUCCCCUACACCGGCUGCAGCAUGAACCCCGCCAGGUCCUUUGGGCCCGCCCUUUUGAACAACAUGUGGGCUAGGCAUUGGAUUUAUUGGUUCGGUCCUUUUGCCGGGGCUAUCAUGGCUUCGCUGUUGUACAAGACCGUUUUCAUGCCCAAGUCCAAGGACGUUGUUCGCGCGUCGUCUGAUAACGAGGUGUAAAACGACGGGUUGGACGAGUCGGUGAGAUAUAAAAGGCUGAACAUGUAUCUCCAUCAGUCGUGAAAAGAUCAUCAACUGAUGUAGGCAGUUCCGGUAGUGCCGCCCCUCAGCCUUCAAAUAUGACGGCUCCUGUACGUGCAUAUCUUUCCAAAUUCACUGAACCACCAAACAGUAAUUGCAGUGUUGCAAUAAGUCGUCCACGUUAUUCGAUACGAUUAAAAAUCAAUUUUUUACUGUUGAAUUAAUAUUUAAAAAAAAUUUUUUUUUAUAAUAUAAAUUAAUAUGAAGACAGAGUCAGCGGCACCAAUAUCGAAAUUUUGUUUCAAAAAGUCGAUGGGUAUUGGAUGAUGUAAAAUCUGCCAGCGUUCGUCUUGGGGCUGUGUACGCUAAAAUUCAUUUAAUCUUGUAUUAGUUGCGACAUGGUUUAAAAUGUUGGAAAAAAGUAAACAUUUUUUUUUCUUUUAUUGUAAUGAGAGUUAGUUCUUAUGAAAAAUUGUUUGGCUGCUUAUGGAAAGAUUAAAAGUCUGUGAUUUAUACUUUAAAUACGAACUGAAAUCAAUGACGCAAAUUCGAUAAGACAAAAAUAUGUAAUCAAUAUAUUUUGUAUUUUCUUUACGUACAUUUGUAUAUUUAUUGCAUAAAUGCUUGUUUACAUGCUUAUUAAGACAAUAUUAUAAAUACAUACAUGUUUCGUUUACACUCAAAAAAUCAUAAUUAGAUGUCUCAUAUGGAAAGUGCACGACGAUGAAAAAAGUUCUUGAAAAUGUAAUUAAUGUAGCUAUAUUUGUAUAAAAUUUAUGGGAUUUGAGCAUAAAUAUAGCAUUAAACAUAUAAGUACAUUGAUAUUUUGAUUUAUAUGCAUUAUCAUUAUGUAGAAGAUAUACUACAAAAAGUCUUACAACAAAGUAAAGAUAAUUUUAUCAGAAAGGCUAUUAAAAUUUUAUGUAAGUAUAUCAUUAAAAACUAGUAUCAUUUUUAUUUAAUUUCAUACUAAAGGUACUUUUACGAUAUUUAUAUACUGUUCAAUAUAACUUAAUAUACUGAUAUUAGUUUUGUAUAUACUUGCCGUGUUUACAAAAUAUCUUAUAAGUUUCUCGUAAAAAAACGUAAGGCAAAAGUUAUUGAUAUUGAUGUUUACUUUUUAUUGAAAAAUGUGUUUAAGUGACUACAACGGAAUUUUUAUUACCGUCAGUAUUA